UGUUUUUUUCUGCUCAAAAAAUCGUGCAAGUUUUUUUUGAAAAUUUGAAAUUUGACAAUUCAAUCGAAUUCAAAUUAAAUCAAAGUUGACCAUUAUCAUAAAUUAUCAUCAAUCAUGGAUGUCGAUCAAAUUGUUGGUGAACAACAACAACAAAUCGUACAAAGAUUGGAAAGAACUGGCGCGCAUUCACAUAUACGUGGUUUAGGUUUGGAUGAUAAACUUGAACCGAUCGAAAAGUCGGAAGGAAUGGUUGGGCAAAAAGCUGCACGUAAAGCAGCCGGUUUAAUUGUUAAAAUGAUUAAAGAAGGACGAAUUGCAGGACGGGCUAUUUUGAUUGCCGGCCAACCGGGAACUGGUAAAACAGCUAUAGCAAUGGGUAUUGCUAAAUCAUUAUCACCAGAAACACCAUUUGUUUCAAUGUCAGCAUCGGAAUUAUUUUCGCUGGAUUUAUCCAAAUCUGAAUCAUUAAUGCAAGCAUUUCGUAAAGCAAUUUCAAUAAGUAUUAAAGAAGAAAAUGAUUUUCUUGAAGGUGAAGUUGUUGAAAUACAAAUUGAUCGUUCAGCUGAUCAACUGACACGUGUUGGAAAGUUGACAUUAAAAUCAACCGAUAUGGAAACUGUUUAUGAUUUAGGACAGAAAAUGAUUGAUAAUUUGAUUAAGGAAAAAAUAUCCGCGGGUGAUAUUAUUACUGUUAAUAAAUCAAAUGGUGUUGUAACAAAAUUGGGAAGAAAUUUUACCCGUAGUCAAGAUUAUGAUGCUAUUGGACCAAAUACCAAAUUUAUUCAAUGCCCAGAAGGUGAAAUACAGAAACGAAAAAUUGUUCGUCAUUUUUUGAAUCUUCAUGAAAUUGAUGUAAUCAAUUCCAGACAACAAGGAUUUAUGGCACUGUUUUCAGGUGAUACUGGUGAAAUAAAAUCUGAAGAUCGUAUGAAAGUUAACGGGAAAAUAUCCGAAUGGAAAGAUGAAGGAAAAGCUGAAUUGCAUCCAGGUGUAUUGUUUUUGGAUGAAGCACAUAUGCUGGAUGUUGAAUGUUUUUCCUUUCUGAAUCGUGCAUUGGAAUCAGAAUUUGCACCAAUCGUUAUAUUGGCUACUAAUCGUGGUAUAACACGUAUACGUGGUACAAAUUAUCGUUCACCACAUGGAUUUCCACCAGAUUUUUUAGAUCGUUUAAUCAUUAUUCGUACACAACCAUAUACAAAUGAAGAUAUUUCACAAAUUCUGAAAAUUCGUGCCGAAGAAGAACAAGUUAAUAUUGAUAAUGAUGCACAUUUAAUAUUGACAAAAAUGGCUACCGAAUCUAGUUUAAGAUACUCACUUCAAUUAAUAAUAACAUCAGAUAUUUUGGCUAAAAAACGUAAAUCCAAUAAAGUUGAAGUACAAGAUGUAAAAGAAGCAUAUGGUUUGUUUAUGGAUUCAAAACGUUCAAAAACAUUUAUCGAACAAUAUGAAAAAGAAUUUAAUUUUUUAAUGGAUGUUAUGGAUUCAACAUCGACAAAAAAUGUCGAACAAAAACAACAAACAUUUAAGGCUGAUGGUAAUGAAAAUUCAAUGGAAAUUUGAAGCCAAACCAAAUCAAAUCAAUCAGAAUUAUCAUCGAAUUCGAAUAAAAUUUUUUGAAAAUAUUUUCUCCACUAGAUGGCAUUCUGGAAUUUCGGCGCGCACCAUAUUUUUUUUUCUAUUUUUGUAUGCAUGGUUAAUAUGAAUGAAUAAUUAAAAAAAAAAUUUCAUUAUUUUUAA